UGGUGAAAGGCGCGUUACACUCAAAAGUUGUUGCAUUGUAGUGCAACCGAGGAGCGAGUGACACUUCCGGAGGCCAAACGUGAAGCUUCAGCAUGAUUCCUGAAUCUGAUCGCCGCUGCUAGAGCGUGUUUAUGGACUGGACUGAUCCGGGAAAAUGCCACUGAAGAGAGAAUGUUUGGUUUUGCUCGUCUUGUCGUGGGUCAAUUGUCUGCGCGCUCAGGAUGAAAACCGUGUGAUGUUUUCUCUGGGAACCUUCCAGAACGUGAGUGUCCCGGUGAACGGAACGGUUCAAGCUGUCAUUUCCCGGAUUCCUGCUGAUGUUUCCUUCUUAACACUGCAGUUUCAUACGCAUCACCACAAUGUUACACUCUCAUAUACACUGAUCCCACUUUAUGGUUUUUCGGUCACGGCAGCAGAUGCUGGUCUUUUAUCCAACUUGACACCAAGCCAGACCACUGUCUCGUGGUUCCUGCGGACGCCCGAUGGGAGUAGUGUAGCAGGAGUUGGUGUGAUUUUGCCAUACUCCAGUACUGAUCCUGUUCCAGGAGCCUGUAAUCAGGAAUUUCCGCUGGAGAUUGAUCCAAACAUCUACGUGCAAUACAACCUGUUUGAGACCACGAUUACCUUUGCACCUGCUAACAUUGGAUAUGGAAGAGGGGAGAGUCCGCCGCCGUGUGAUGUGGACAUGGGCUCCAGCACUCGUUGGCGAUUGGUGUAUGAGGUGUAUCAAUAUUUCCUGCCGGAAGGCGACCUGUCGGAGCAGAGUCUGAUCAGCAACAUGGAGAAAGUGGCCAAUGUGCAGAACGUGCAGGACAACAGCAGAAAAGUGAUGUCUUUAUCUUCUCACGACCGGACGCAGUUCUCCUUCAGCUCUCUGCCCGGUCAGGGUGUGAUUUUCUCUGUGAUUGUAAGAGAUCCAGUUUUAAACACAUCAGCAUCCUACAUCCCCGUCCACACGUAUGCCUGCAGCUUCAACUCCACGCUGGAUGGAUGCAAUGAUUUAGGGAGAGUUUCUACUAAAGUGUUUUUCACUGUGCUCGGUUUGGCUGGGCUGUUUGUGUGUUUUGUGGGCCACCGCUUCUUCAAAUGUGAGCUGUUCUGUAUGGGAUUUGGCUUUAUGGCAUUUGUCUUUUUCAUCCUGAUCACCAGAACCACACAGCUGGACUACGACAUUCGAUUGGCUCUGACAGCGCUGAUGGGUGUGGUCGGGGGUGUGGCCAUGGUGAUGAGCUGGUGGCGGUUUGGUUCGGUCAUGGCCUGCGUGUUGGUGGUCGGGCUCAUUCUUGGAUUUUUCAUCUCGUCCAUCGUCUUCUUCACUCCACUUGGUGAUCUUGCUAUAUUCCAUAAUGAUGUGGUGUUCUGGGUGGUGUUUGCUUGCAUUAUGGUGGUUGUCCCUUUGUUCUUCAUCAGGUGGCCUAGAGAGGGCAAUAUAAUUACAUGUGGCGUGGUUGGCGCAUAUACAGUGGUCUUGGCCGUCAAUGCCUACACCUACACUAGUCUGUCAUAUAUCACGCUGGAUGUCCUCAAACGCUUCCUCAACGACAACUUCAGCCGAGCGUUUAUCUCUGUUCCGCUGCAGGAUGUCGAUUUCAUCAUGAUCACUGUGUGGGUUGUUCUGGGCGUUUCGGGGAUCGUCGUACAGCUGUAUCGGGAGAAAUCACGUCCGUUUUUCCCGCCGAGCCCGUACGUGAUGUGGAAGCAAGAACGAGAGCGCAGGAAGACCAACGUUCUGGAUCCCAGCCACCACAAGCCAUCUUUAUCUGCCCGAAUCCUGGGACGUAUUCGCCAGCUAACACAGCGCACAGAACCGGCCGGUGAAACCACACCUCUACUGCUUUAACCUUUGACUUUUGACUUGAAGUCAGUUCACUGUUAGUCCUUCUCCUCCAGAACACAGUUGCUCAAGGCUGUGGAGACCUAUAGCAACAUGCAUGAGGAUUGAGCUCGAUUUUUAGAGCCUAAAGACUCAGAUGGGUGAUGAGCAGCCGGUGGAGGUUAAAAGAGCAGCUCACACACAAUGUGAGACUGACAUUGUGCACUUGUAUGUGUGUUUUCGUCCAGGUUCCCAGCAGUGUUUGAUCCCAUUGCUGUUCAGUGGAGAUUUUUAAACUUUUUUACGACAUCUGGAUAGUAUAUGAGUGAAUGAGUUUUUUUUUUUUUAAAUGAUGUUCACCAUUAAAAUGAAUGUAUAACACUGCGAUUGCAGACCAAAUGAACCGGUGUUAAUUAGUAGCCACUGUAAGCCUCUAUGGCUGAUGUUUUCUGUGUCUAAGUGAGCGCGCAUGAGUCCUGGCAGAUCCUCACUGGGGUUUGGAGUUCAUGAUGGAAAUAAUGAGCUUAUUUUGACUGCGUUCCUGUGGGAAUUUGACUGCUGCUUCACAGUGCUGAUGUAAUGCACUUAAUGAGGAUUUUAAAUGCAGUGUAAGAGAAAAAUAUAGAGAACCUGUGGAGUUUAAAUGUCUGUCAGACAUUUUCUGUGCUUUAUAACUAGAAAUGUAGCUCUUUUGGAGAGACAAGUUCGAUCUUCGACAGACUUCAGCUUUGUAAAAUUAGUGAUGUUGCAUUAUUCAUCGAUACGCUUCUAGUAUCCUCUCAGGGUUUCUUCAUGUAAUCUUUGUCUCUCACAGAAGCAAACUUGUUCUAAAGCAGUUAAAACAUACAGUAAUGUUACAAUUGUUUUUAAGUGGUAGCAGUAUGCAUUAUAUUUGUGUUUUGUAUGAAAUUUAAAUGAUUGUCUUAAUAAUUAAAUAUUUAAUAAAGUUGUCACUUGUGCUAUAAUA